AAUUGGUCUACAAAAAAUUCACAAAAAGAAUCUUAAAAUCUCCAUACAUUUUAAGCCUCUAUAACAGCAGAGCAUACAUUAACAACCACAUACAUAUAUAGGAAAGAUACGCUUCAACAAUGCUCACGUACCAACUGCUACAUUUGAAUAUACCAAGCAAGGUAACGAGUCUUCUUCGUGGUCUUAUUUUGAGUGCCGUAAUCAGCUUACUACAGUCUCAUGAACAACCACCGUCAAAUUGGUAUCACAGACAUUACGGUAACAAUAUAAACGAAUCAAAAUUGAUCAAUAUCAUUAAUCUGGUGAGUAAUAAAACAUUGAAUUCCUUCGAGCAAAGUCAACGUUUUCAAAGUCAAGAAGUAUCGGAUAUGACACCACGACACAAUGAGGAAUUCGAUUUCAUAGUAAUUGGUGCCGGCACGGCCGGCGCUACAAUAGCUGCAAGGCUAAGCGAAAUUUCUGAAUACAGAGUAUUGCUGAUUGAAGCUGGACCUCACGAAGAAUUUUACAUGGACAUUCCUGCAUUAGCACCGAUGCUAUCUUCGGACAGUAACAUCAAUUGGAAGUACAAAACUAAGCCUUCCAACAAAUACUGUCUUGGUAUGAAAGGUAACAGUUGUAUUUACCCAGCGGGAAAAGUAAUCGGUGGCAGUAGCGUGCUAAAUUACAUGGCAGCUACUAGAGGCAAUGCUGAAGAUUAUGAUGGUUGGGCCGAGAUGGGAAACGAGGGCUGGGCAUACGAGGAUAUUCUCAAGUAUUUUAUAAAGAUGGAAGCAAUGGAUAUUUCGGAGCUAAAGUCGGAUACUUACUAUCAUGGUACUAAUGGACCAGUACAUAUCAAUUAUGCAUCACCUUAUACCCCGUUGGCAGAGGCUUUUCUAGAAGCUGGCAAGGAACUAGGAUAUUCACUAGUAGAUUACAACGGAAAAAAUCAAAUAGGAUUCUCAUAUCUGCAGUUCACAAUCAUGAACGGUACUCGCAUGAGUAGCAAUAGGGCGUACUUGCAUCCAAUACACGAUCGCAAGAAUCUUUAUGUAACUCUUGAGAGUACGGCGACAAAACUAUUGAUCGAUUCUAGAACAAAACGAGCAAUCGGCGUAGAGUUUGUUAAGCAUAAUCAAACUACACGUGUGUUUGCGAGUAAAGAGGUUAUUCUGUGCGCAGGUGCGAUCAAGUCGCCUCAAUUGUUGAUGUUGUCAGGUAUUGGACCAGCAAAUCAUCUUUGCGAACUCGGCAUAAACGUCAUUCAAAACGCACCAGUCGGUAAAAAUCUCAUGGACCAUGCAACUUUCUAUGGAUUAACAUGGACAUCAAAUGCAUCAAUGAAUUCACAAUUUUCCGAAUUAUUCAAUUUGAUUAAUCCACAUGUAACGGAUUGUCUUACAAAGACGGAUUGUCUUAUACCGUUAACAAGUAGAGCCGAAGCCCUUGGUUUUAUCAACACAAAACAAUCAAAAAAACGUAACGGUCUACCGGACAUCGAAUUAAUAUUUGCUAGUGGUCCACUGAUAGAAGAUUUUAUUCUUUCAAGAUUAUUAGAUUAUAAAGACCCAUUACGUCAAGAAAGAAAAUAUUGUGACGGGCAUGAUUGGUUCCUUGCGCCAAUAUUAUUAAAACCAAAAAGCCGUGGCCAGCUAACGUUAUUAGCUAAUGACAUUAAUGUUAAGCCAAAUAUUGUACCAAAUUAUUUCAGUAAUCCUGAUGAUGUCAAAACUAUGAUCGCGGGUAUUAGAACUGCAUUAAGUAUUGGUCGUACAAGUGCGAUGCAGACAUUUGAUUCUAAGUUGUCAAAUUAUACUUAUACUGAAUGCAAUGACUACGAAUAUGACUCUGAUGCUUAUUGGGAAUGCGCGUUAAGGAUCACGACUUCCACGAUUUUUCAUUAUUCUGGAACUUGCAAAAUGGGAGCAAGAGGAGAUCCUACUGCUGUCGUCGAUCCUAAAUUAAAGGUGAUUGGUAUUCGAGGAUUACGAGUGGCAGAUGCAUCCAUUAUGCCUGACAUUGUAUCGGCGCAUCCAAAUGUACCUAUUUAUAUGAUCGCUGAAAAAGCUGCGGAUAUGAUCAAAGAAAAAUGGAAAAAUUUGGGGAAAUCAUGCUAAAGAUAUAUUUUGCAAAGUCAUUGCAUUUUACAGCUUCUAUUGUCAUGUUAUUUAAGCUCAGUCCCACCAAUGUAAAAUUAAUUUUAAUCUCGGUUCAAUUAAGAAUUAGAAAAAGAUAAACAGUAUGUUAAACUGAAAUUAAAGGCUGAUAUUCAUAGUGGAUUCUUAUAUUUAAGACUGUCUUAAAUGUAGUUUUAAAAUGUCAUAAGC